GUUUUACGGAAAUAAAUGAAGUCUUCUCUAUGUUCAAGUCCGGGCUCUGAUCCAUAUUUUCUCUCUCCUCUCCCUCCGCUUCUCUCUCUCUAUAUAUCAACAUGAGCAGCAUCAGCGGCGAUGGCGGCGAUGGCGGCUCUAGGGUUUCGAUUCCGGCCGAUUUGCUUGAAACCAUUCAAAACAUCAGAGAGGUUACCGGUAAACAACAUUCCGACGAGGAUAUCUUCUCCGUCUUUAAGGAGUGUUUCAAUGAUCCACAUGAGACCACUCAAAAGCUCCUCUUUUUAGAUACAUUUCAUGAGGUGAGAAGCAAACGGGAGAGAAAGAAAGAGAAUUUAGUGCCAAAUACACAAGGAAGGGGCCGGACUGGACGGAGGAACUUUCCUUCAAGUUACACAGAUACCAGUAAUGGAAGAACUGCAGCUUUUAAAAAGCAGAGUGGAGCUAAUCACAUAAUAGGAGGUUCUGGAACUGCUUCUUCUGCUCCUAACAAUGCAAGAAACGACACAAAACCUUCUUCCAUAAUGGCCCCUAACCCUAUAAGUCUUCCAAGUGGACUCAGUAACCAUAAACUUCAAGAUGCUAUCAUCUCCCCUGUGAACAAGGGAGUCACAGAGGAACAGUCUCUCCCCAAGUCUACUUCUUUGUCUGAAGAUGUUGUUGAGCCGGAUAAGUCUAAAGCAAGUACUGUACCAGUGGCUGUAUCAGAUUCUGUUGUAGAGAACGAUGUAUAUGGAACUUCUCAGAUCCCACAACCGUCAGAGCGAGUCAUUAAGAGUGAGGUUGCAGCCAAUAAAGGCAAGAAUCAGUCGCUUCUCAAGUCAGAUGUUGGUGAACGGCCACACGUAACAUUUCCUGUCCACCUUCAGGUUGCCAAAAUGCUGGAAAAUGGUCUGACAUUUGGGAGCUUCGAUUCUAAUUUUGUGAGAGAGACAUCUUCUGACAAUUGUACUAUUGGGUGUGAUGACUCCAAUAGUGAGUCUUCUCAUGGGACAGCGGCCUAUGGGGCAUCAGUUAGGAAAGAUGUAUCAACUUUUUCUCAGGAUAAGAAUCAUGAGAUUUCAAAUUCAGCAGCUCAGAACGAGCUAACAUUGCAGCCAGAUCAAACUGUUCUCCCUGUAGAAGGUUCAGAAGGAGAUGAAGUAAAGGACGAGUUUUUACCAAUCACAGACACUCAUCAGGCUGCAAAGUGUGAUGCUCCACCGAUCUCCUACCCUGACCAGUAUUCCAUAGCUGCCGCUCAACAGGCAAUGCACCUUAGGCAACAAUACUCUCUAAACUUUUUCCCUUAUGGUCCAUAUUUCCCCCCCUAUUAUAUGCCGCAACCAUACAUUCACCAGUACUUGAGCCCAAACGGGUUCCAACAACUGUCUUACUUACCGCCCAGAGAUGAUGCUUCAGCACCUCCAGGGGCUGAACUACCUCUCACUCACAUCAAACCAGGAAGCGACAUUGGCAACUCUCCACCUACCACAAUUCCAUUCCCAUAUGCUUCAUACGCCUUCAUCCCAUCAGCAGCCACCGUAAACACCACCCACAAGGAAGAAAAGAAGGAAAACAUUUAUACAACUGGACCACUGAGUCUAGCCAAUCUGCAGGCCAGUCCCAUGUACAACUUUUCCCUUCAAGGUCACCCAAUAGCUUUCCCAACCAUUCAGCCUGGGAUCCCGGGAAUAUACCAACAAACACAGCCCGUACUGGCGCCUCCUACUAUAUCUACGAGGACUGAACCCAUAGGACCCUCACACAUAACUAAUCAGCAACCUCAAGCCGCACUAACAAAUCUGGGGAACAACUACUAGGUCAAGGAGUAUUACUAGAAAGAUGCAUAUUCAGAUUGGUAAGAGAUGUUCAAGUCUGGAAUUUUGAGUGAUUUUGUGUACAUACUUAGGAUACAUCACCCCCCAAGAAGAAAUUAGUAUGUGGCAA